AUGCUCAAAAUUACGAAUUAUCCCAUUACCAGGGAGAAACAGCGGCUCACCGCCUACCUGCUUCUGGUCUUCUUUGGCAGUUUCGUUGAGACAUUGCCUGAAUUGCUGUUAGCAAAUCCUCACACAGAGGAUUGCGCCUGUGCUGCGCUGCCCAAGAACUUUGCCGUCCUAACAGUGUUGUAUGCGCAUUCUUUUCUCUGGGUCGGCAUCCUCGGACUCACUUAUCCCGCCAUUCUCGUCCACAUCUGCAUUGCUUUGGUUCUACGACUGGGAAGAACAGAGCGUGGUGGUUUUGCUGAUGAUAUUGACGAACUCUAUUUUCUGAAACCAGCAUGCACGACUAUCACCACCACAUCUGCACCUCCAGUGGCCACCUCGACAAACCCUAAACGAAGUGGUGCUGGAAUCCUUGCAAAAUCGGAUAAUAGGUCUGCUUCGCAUGUCUGCUCAGCCUCCUUUUGCACCCUACCGCUGACUGCUGCCUACAUAGUAGGCACGGCAUUUGAUUCGGUUCAGAAACUGUUGAGUGCUGCUGGUGUUAUCAUCUACAAGCUGUGCAGUUCAGCUCACCAGUUCAGUGUAAUAUUGAUGAACCUGUUUAGCACGCCGAUGCCAUUAAUCCUCCUUUUCCACAUUCCAGCGAUGCGGUCACUAUUCUUCGUUGCAAUUGCGUUCAUACAAAAAAUGAUCUGCAAGAUCAAAGCGAUGAAGACUGGUGACCUCCCUCAAUCAGACUCAAGUUCGCCAUUGGAGGACGUUCCAAACGAUUUGAGUAGCUAA